CUUCACCACACACACACCGUCGAUUCCUGGGCGACAAGGCCACACACGAUCGCCGGCAGUUUCCGAAACGAGAAAAAGGAAGAAACAGGAGGCGAGAGAUCGAGAUCGAUGAGCAGCGGUCAGUCGUCGCCAACGGAGGCAAGCGGUGGACCGCCAUGCCCCUCCAAGAAGCUGUGGCGCGGGGUGCAAGCCGUCUACCUCGUCCUCGUCAAGAAGCACCAGCCGAAGCUCGCGGCGCUCGGCGUCCACAUGCACCGCCUCCUCUCCAGCAGCAAGCGCCGCCGCCGCCUCGCCGCGCGGGGGCGGGAGCAGAACCCGGCGCUGACGUACAUGUCGUGCCGGUCCAUGGACCCCGCUGCCGCGGUGGUGCACCCGUAUCCGCACGGCCACGGCCGCGCGUCGUCGAGGCUCGCGGCCCCGUCGUCCCUGUCGUGCCGGUCCUUGGACCCCGCCGCCGCCGUGCGCAGCAAGUACCAGUACCGUCCCCGCGAGGUGGAGUUCAGCUGCAAGAGCACGCCGAUGCACACGCGCCGGCGCCGCCUGCGCCUGCAUCAGAGCCGCGGCCACCCGUCGGAGCCGGAGCCGGAGCCGGAGCGGCACGUCUCGGCCGCGGCGGUGACGAGGCUGUUCGCGCUCAUGGACGACGUCGAGGUCGAGGAGGCGGCGGACGGCGAUCUGGGGCUGGGCCUGGACGCCCCGGCGCCGCGUCAGGUGCGGAUCACGGACUCGCCGUACCUGGCGAGGGAGGAGGACAAUAACGAGGAAUUGAGGAGCGCGGUGGACAGGCGCGCCGGCGAGUUCAUCAUGUGGUUCCACGAGCAGCUGCGGACGCAGCAGCAGCACGGGCAGCUGGGUCAGAUAAGGUAGGGGCGCAGAAGAGAAGCAGUGCCAUUGCCGCCUCUAGUCUAGUCUUAUGGUUUUGUUGUGAUUGUGAUUAUUAGUCAUGUAUGCAUGGAUUACGUGUAUUAGAUAAGGGUACAUUCCUUGGAGGAGAUGCGAACAUUUUCAUACGGCAGUAGUACUUUUU